AUGUUACUUAAACAACAAUCAAUAAUUGAAGACAAAGAGAGUAAUAAUAGUAUACCAGACAAUUUAUUAACACCCAAUAAUUGUAUAUCUCCAAUUAGAAUUAAACGAUUUUUAGAAUAUUCAAGACAUUUAACUGAUGAUUCAAUUAAACCUCAUUUGAAUGAAAUAUCACUCAAGAAUUGUCAAUCUUAUUUUGAGAAUGAAAUUAUACCUCAAUGGAAAUUAAGACUGCAAGUUCUACAUUAUUGUAAAGAUUUUACAAAUAAUUUAAAGCAUACAGAUGAACAGAUCAAACUAGAUUAUAAUCAAUUUGAUUUGAGAACUAAUCCAUAUGCAUACAAAGAUUAUCAAAAAUCUCAAAAUGAAAAGAAUGAAUUAUAUAAUAAUAUAACAAGAUGGGUUAAAAAUGAAGAAACAAUUGAAAAUAUUAUAAGAGAUCAAACUAUUCAAGUCUUAAAUGAUAAAUGUUUAUAUCAAGAUUGGUUUAAAUUAUUUAAAAAAAUUGCAUAUAAUAAUGAAUAA